UCCAGCUCCCUCCUCCUCCUCCUCCUCCUCCUCCUCCUCUUCUUCCAUCUCGCCAUAUCAAACCAUUCUCUCCAUCCUUCCUCUCACACAACUCUCUACGCUCUCUCUCCCUCUCGCUCGCUCUCUCUCUCCCUCGCUCUCGGCUUCUUAUCCUCCCCCAGGCCCACCCACCCCCCCACCCCCACCCCUCGCACCCUCCCACACUCCCCGCGCACUCGCAAACCCCUCAGCCGGCACUGACGAAGCAUCGGCCCAGAGACACACACACUCACUCCGUCUCCUCCGACCCUCCCUCUGCGCUGGGCUGUUCCUCGCUUUUCCUUCCCUCCUCCCCCUCCCCAGCGUGCCUCCGUCAGCCGUGGGGUGUGUGUGGGGAGUGCGCAGAGCCGGGCGAGGGGGGAGAUAAGCGUGAGGGAGGUGUGAGUGUGUGAGUGCAGCCCUGAAGUCAAGAGAGGAGAGGAGAGUCGCGCGCUUCUUGAAGGAGUGGUCGAUCGGUUCCCCGCGAGUCAUCGGUACAUACAAACAAGACGACGCUCUCCUCCUCCUCCUCCUUACGUUGACUCUUCCUCCUCAUCCUCCAUAGCCUCCUCUUCCUCCUCCUCCUCCUUCACCUGCCCUGUUUCUAGUGUGUUUCGUCACGUAGCAGAGUAAAAGAAAGACUCAGACUUAUGUCAGUGUUACGCGGCGAGUGAGUGAGGACAGAGUGAGGCCGCAGCAGCAUGGUGGUUCAGGCCGCCGGGCGCCCCUCCCUCGCCCCCUGACUCGCCUGACACACGGGAGCCGCGCCCUCAGCAAUGAUGUCUUGAGGCGCGGCGACAGGCAGGCGUGUGCACCGGCAGGUCGUGAUCGAGGAUGCUGGAGGGCGUCGGCAUGCCUCUGGUGUACAGUGCAGGCGGGGCCGGCGGGCGGGAGCAGCGGCGGCCCAUGUGGACGCAGCACGAGAAGGCGGUGCUGCGGCUGUUGAUGCGUCAGUACGCUGGCGUGACGGAGUUCGACCCUCCCGACGUGCACAAACACCCCAUAAGGAACGAGAUGUGGCGCCUCCUGACGGCGCGCUACAAUGCCCACCCGCACGUCAGGUCCCGCGACACCAAGCAGCUGCGCAAGGCGUGGGAGAAUCUCAAGUACCGCGCCCGCAAGCUGGGCUCGGAGGGGCAGCGCGGCGGCCGCCAGCAAAACAGCGCCGCGGAGUCCAGCUGGCCCCUGGACGGCGUGACGCUGCCCGGCGCGGCGCCGGCCACGCCCGCGUCGCCGCCGCGGGAGAGCGGCGAGGUGGGCGACUGGAAGGACGCCGAUGAAGACUCGCAGCGGAUCCUGGAGGAGGACGAGGAGGUGGAGAAGGUCGUGAAGGAAGAGGUGGAGGAGGAGUCGCCGGCGUUUCACGAGAACUUGAGCCGCACGCCGCCGGCCAGCGAGCGAGGCCCCACCGUGCUCAGCCUCCACCCGCUGGUGUCCUCCCUGCUGGGUGGCGGCUUGGGCUCGCUAGCCACCACGCUGCCCUUCCUCACUUCCCCCACCUCCCCUUUGGCCACGGGGCUGCUCCUCCCCCAGGUGGUGUCAUCCCUCUCCGGGGGGGACUCGGAACACACCAACGCCCUCCUGAGGUCUUCCAUUGACGCCGCCUCAGCCGCAGCCGCAGCAGUCGCCGCCGCCGCCGCCGCCACGCCCCCACCAGCUACCUCCGCGGCGCCCACCUCCACGACCACUACCUCAGACACAAGCACUUCUACCUCAGGCGCGUCCGUCGUCCUCAACGGUGUUUCUCAGGUAUUCUCCAACACCCCGACGGACGCCGCCUCGCCCUCCUCCCCCUCCGCCGAGAAGCCUCCCUCCGACCCCCUCGCCGACCCCCUCGCCGAGCCGACCGGCGCCUCGGACCGCCUGCAGCAGCGCGUGGCGGGCGUGGAGGCGUCCAUCCGCAACACGGAGGAGCAGCACCAGGCACAGAUGCAGCUGCUGCGGCUGCAGAUGGCGCAGGCGGUGACGGAGCACGACGCCAAGAUGCGGGUGUUGGCCACGCAGCUGGAGUACUGGCAGCGGCGCCUCCGCGUGCAGCAGCGGGUGUCCGACGCGCUGUCCGUCAUCACGCAGCAGGAGCCCGAGCUGGACGACGACCCGCUGCCCUGACCCCACGUCCCCCUCGGCUGGCUGCUGACCCUCCCCAGAGUGGCCAAGGGCUGAGCGGCGGCCGAGCCCCAAGUGCUGAGUGCUGGCGGCCAGGUGUGAGGGCCGAGCACUGUCCAGGUGUAGUGUUGGUAUCUAGGUCUUGUCGCGUCGCGUCGGGUAGCACUGCACGCGCUUGUGUGGUUAAUCAUUCCAGGUGUUUUGAGUGUCAGAGUGUCGCGGCGCGGCGGCCUGAGGCUGCCCCGCCGCGGCCCGUAGGCUGUUUGACGUAAGGAUCAAGUAUUACUACAUUGCUGUUCGUGACCUCAGGCGUAGCGUGUGUGUGUGUGUGUGUGUGUGCAAAUGUAUAUGUUUGUGUGCGUGCGUGCGUGCGUGCGUACAUGAAGGUGUGCAUGGCAGGGAGCUGGGGAGUGUAUGUCUCGUGGACACACUUUGGUUCUGUUAGCGCAACGCUUGGUUAGUGAGGCGGCCCGCUGCCCCGCCAUCCCUCGUCCCUGCAGCGGCUUCCAUUCCUGCACAGUGUACAGUGUACGUAGGGCAACACAGUACUACCACUACGGGUCCCGGGCCGCGGCGGCCCGGCGCUUCCUGAGCAUCAAAUCGUAAGCUAAGCCGAGGGGCGCGGAGGAGGCGUCCUGGUCACAGGAAGCCUCUCACCCGGCACGACCAGGAUUUUGUUUUGCUACAGUCACUUCAGGUGGGCUGCUCCGAGACCUCAGCUUUAACCCGCCGCCGCCGCCGCUGCCGCCGCCGCAGGACUCCCUCCCGGGCCGCGGGGCGCCGCCCCCGUCCCGGAGCAGGGAGUCCGUGCCGGGCUGGACGAAGCCUGGCGGCGGGGGGCGAGCAGCCUCAACACUGUACAGAGCAGUAUACCUGACCAUUGUAUUUACACAGAUAUUAUAUUUUUAGUAAGAUAAUGUGCUAUACCGCUAAUAAAUAUUAUAAAAUAUGAA